GAACUGCGAAUAAUGAAUCUAUAAAUUGAGAAUAGGCAAAGAGAAUGAAGUAGCAUUAGAUUAGAUAUGAAGUUAGAAGCAGGAAGAGGAGGAGGGUGCAAGUAUCACCCUGAUAACAAACAAUUACAAGGUGUUUGUCCCUUUUGCUUAAGAGACAAACUUUUGAAGCUCUAUGACAUAAACAAUCCAACUUAUCCUCUUCCUUCUCCUUCUCAACCUUUUUCUUAUUAUAUGUCUCACCAUCACCAUCAUCAUCACCAUCGUCGCCAUGCUUCUAGCGUGGUGGAUUCUGCCUCUUCCAUGGUUAGUUUCAAUUAUGGAUUGAAGAAGAGCAACUCCAUUGCCUUUGCUUCAGGAAGCCAAAACACAGAUAGGGAAGUCAAUGAAAACCGCGGGGGGAGUAAGAAAAAGGGUGUUUGGUCCAAGCUGCUCAAAUUGACCAGAAAGAACGGUAAGGAGGCCUUCAUGCAUUCCAGGACAGUGAGGGAGGGAAAGAGUAUGCUUUUUUAAUGUUAUUGUAGAUUAACUUUUUUUUUUUUUCAUUAUUAUUGAUGUAACUACACAUAAUUGUGGAGGACUUUUAUUGAGUUUGUAAUUGGGUUCGAGCAAAGGUUUCCAUAUGACAAAUGUAUUCAUCUAAUAAAAGAAUUAAUUUACUUUCUAACACAUUUCUGACAAGCAAAUUUGAUAACCGCCGUAUCAAUAACAAGAUUAUUCAAAAAGAACAAGCUGAUGUAUCAGUUUAACAUAUACUUAUUCUCCAAGUUUGAAGCUUCAGAUUUUAUCCUGUAAUGUAAAUGAAAGUUAAACUAAUUCACCUCAUAAUUAAGAUGGGUAUGCAUGGACUUCCUCUAUGGUAAAGAUGGUUAUUUAGUUUCAGAAAUUUUAGUGGUUUUCUUAGACAUUUCCAUAUUCACCUCCCCCCACCACACUCAC